CAGCCACGCGACUCGCACGCUGGCUUCAGCCACUUACCUACUAAUUUACUGUGUAAAUCUUGUUUUGUGACACGUGGAGACUGUAAUGUGACUGAGAGAACGAUGCAUCCGAAAACUUUGAUCACGGCCGCUGCGCGCAUGAAUAGUGAUCAUUCAGGUUCAACGGUUUGGUAGAAAGCUGUUUAUCAGACGAAAGAAAUGGCGUACGAAGAACGUAGUACCUCAAACAUAACUCAGACUCUGUCGAACUUGUUUGAGGAAAUGCUAUUAGCUACAGAAGAGUCUAAUGAGAACAAAACCGUUGAUGUGUCGAAAUUUUUGGUGGCUUUAAAAGACAAAUCUACGAAGAGUAACCAUGAGUCCAUAGAUUUUGGGACGUUAGUGAAACUGGUUGAUGGGUGGCGGUCGAAGUUGAAUUUGACUAAGCCUACGGAGGCGCCGUGCAACUAUUGCGAUGGAGGGAUCAGGGACGUGGUUCUUGCGUACAACAAUAUGCAUGGAUAUUUUAGCCUAAUUGUAUGUUUGUUCGGUAGUUUAGCCAAUGCGCUGAACGUUGCAGUGUUAACAAGAAGAGACCUGGCAGCGGCACCAAUCAACCGCCUGCUCAAAUGGCUGGCAGUCGCAGAUGUGUUUGUCAUGAUGGAAUACGUACCUUUUGCCAUAUACAGAUAUCUAAUUUUGCCCGGCCAGCGAGAAAUGCCAUACAAUUGGGCAGCAUAUCUUCUCUUCCACAUGCAUUUCACUCAAAUCUUCCACACCGCUUCUAUAUGCCUCACACUUUCUCUUGCCGUCUGGAGAUACGUCGCAAUAAAAUAUUCUGACCGCAGCCACGUAUUGUGCACGGAGAGGCGUUGCAGCACGGCCAUCCUGACCAGUUUUCUAAUACCACCUAUACUUUGUAUUCCCACAUUCAUGGUUUUCGAUGUGCACACAGCUGUCAUUUUGGAGCCGAAUGGACCGAUGAUACUGUACCACGUGGACUCGGACGAAGAAGGCCAAUUGUAUCAGAUAAACUUUUGGGUCCACGCAGUAGUGAUCAAACUCCUACCAUGCUUCAUACUGACAGUAAUAAGUUUAUGGCUGAUAAGAGAGGUUUACAGCGCGAAUGAGCACCAGAAGAAAAUAAGGGUAUACAACGCCUGUCCGAUGAACGAUAAGAUAAUAAAACGGCAGUGCAAGGGAGACAAGAGGACGAAUAGGACAACGAAAAUGCUGGUUGCAGUGCUCCUUCUAUUUCUGGUGACAGAGUUGCCUCAAGGGAUAUUGGGUCUUCUCAGUGGGGCGUUAGGUCGAUGUUUCUUCAAACGCUGCUACGAUUUGUUCGGGGAACUAAUGGAUGCACUGGCAUUACUCAACGGAGCUAUAAAUUUUGUGCUGUACUGUGCGAUGUCGAGGCAGUUUCGGAUGACGUUCAGACAGCUGAUGUGGCGAGCGCAUUUACACCGAUGGCCUCCACCGCAGGCUUCCCAGUCAGACGCUUUGAAUUCGGCUAAAACAUCGAUUCCUUGAAAUAGGCUGGCAAGGGAGCGGCAAGAGUUUGUUCUGCAACAGUUCGUAUAGUGAAUACUGAAACCCCGAUUUACCUAAUGUUGUUUUUAUAAGCGGUGUAUUAUGCAUUUAAUAACGUGAUACCUAGUCUUUUACCUGAGACUCUAAGCGUAAGUUUUCACGUAACAAGUGUAAAA